AUGGCCGCCUGGAGCGAGGUAUGUCGCCAAUGCGUCGACACCGUCGUCGGAGUCCCAAUUGAGAUCCUCCUUGUGGCCAUCCUAGCCACUCUACUUGGUCUAUUAGUUCUAGUGAGUAGCGAACCUCGUCUAAGCCGAAACCCGAUCGUGGCACAACCUCGAAACCCCCAGCCAGACACUAAUCAUCCACAGUUCUUCAUCUUCAUCUUCACCGUCGCGCCUGUUCCACGCGCCCCCCUCCCAGAAGAAAAGAAAUACCGAACCCUCUCCAAAGAUGGAACCGUCACAACCCCCGAGUCCCUCCCCAGCUGGCUCGACUCCUCACCCACCCACACCAUAACCCCAGCCUCCCUCUUCAUGUCCGUCGUCAUCCCCGCCUACAACGAAGAGGACCGAUUAACCGGCAUGCUGGAAGAAGCCGUCAACUACCUCGAGCGCAUGUACGGCACCGCUCUCAGCAACGAGCGCGUCCUGCGCAACCGCAAGCUAGAGACUGAAUCAUCCCCAGAUCGCGGCUGGGAAAUCCUCCUUGUCUCAGAUGGCUCCACGGACAGCACUGAGGACGUGGCGUUCCGGUUUGCGCGCGAUCACCAGCUUUCUAUGCAUCCGAAGGGGCAUGCGGGACCGUGGACUCCGCAGGUUGCGGAGGGCGUGCAUAUCCCGCCUGGUACGAUUCGUGUUGUUAAUUUGACGCACAAUCGUGGGAAGGGAGGGGGCUGUCACGCAUGUAAGUUUGAUGAUCUGGGGAAGUUGGUUGGGGCUUGUCGGGAAGUGGAGGAUGGGAAGGGUCGCGCGGUGGCGGUGGGUUCGCGUGCGCAUAUGGUUGGCAGUGAGGCGGUGGUUAAGCGUUCGAAAUUGCGCAAUUUCUUGAUGCAUUCGUUCCAUUUGAUCUUGUGGUUGAUGACGCCGCCUAAGACUGCUACUGUGAAAGAUACGCAGUGCGGAUUCAAGUUAUUCUCGCGCAGUGCGUUGCCGUAUAUUGUGCCGUAUAUGCAUUCCGAAGGCUGGAUCUUCGAUGUCGAGAUGCUUAUGCUGGCUGAGUUUGCGAAGAUCCCUGUGGCCGAGGUGCCUGUGGGGUGGCGAGAGGUGAAGGGCAGCAAGUUGAAUGUCUUGCGUGACAGCAUUGGCAUGGCUUGGGGCUUGGCUGUCCUGCGAGCAGCUUGGUCACUGGGUGUGUAUAGACAGCGAUGA